UUAAGCUCAGCGUGAUCAGCCGUGCUCAGUCUCUCUUCUCAUCCUCGGAUCACAGUAGAGGCGUCUCACAGGACUUUCCUGGAUUCUUUUACCUCUCUCUCUUCUCUCCCCGAUCGGAAUAAUCAUCCAGCCCAGCGGACAUGGCAUCAGCACCGGUUCAGUCAAACCAGGGUCCAGCUUUGCAGCUGCAGAGGGGAAUAGUGAAGAUGGUCUUGUCUGGAUGUGCUAUCAUUGUUAGGGGUCAACCACGAGGAGGCCCGCCUCCAGAACGACAGAUCAACCUGAGUAACAUCCGUGCUGGAACUCUCGCCCGUCGUGCUGCUCAGGGCGUGCCAGAGAGCAAGGAUGUACCAGAUGAGCCAUGGGCCUUCCAAGCCAGAGAGUUCCUGCGCAAGAAAGUAAUUGGCAAGGAAGUGUGUUUCAUCGUAGACAAACCAAAAGGCAUUCAGAGCAGAGAAUACGGCAUGAUGUUUCUGGGAAAAGACACAACGGGAGAAAAUAUUGCUGAGUCCCUGGUGGCAGAGGGUCUCGCCACAGUUCGCAGAGAGGGCAUCAGAGGAAACAAUCCUGAACAGGCCAGACUGUGCGAUUUGGAGGACCAAGCGAAGGCCAACAAAAAGGGUCUGUGGUCUGAAGGUGGAGGUGCACACACCAUUCGGGAUAUGAAGUAUGUCAUUGAAAACCCUCGUAACUUCGUGGACUCACAUCACCAGAAACCAGUCAACGCCAUUAUCGAACAUGUGCGUGACGGCUGCAUGGUCCGAGCUCUUCUGCUUCCCGACUACUAUCUAGUGACAGUCUUGCUAUCUGGAGUUAAGUGUCCUACGUUUAAGCGGGAAGCAGAUGGCACCGAGACCCCCGAACCCUUCGCAGCAGAAGCAAAGUUCUUCACAGAGUCCCGACUGCUCCAGAGAGAUGUGCAGAUCAUUCUGGAGUCCUGCCCCAACCAGAUCAUCCUGGGGACCAUUUUGCACCCGAACGGGAACAUCACAGAGCUGCUUUUGAAGGAAGGCUUUGCACGCUGUGUGGACUGGUCAAUGGCUGUGUACACCCAGGGAGCUGAUAAACUCAGAGCGGCUGAACGAUCAGCGAAAGAGCGUAAAGUGAGAAUCUGGAAGGACUAUGUUGCUCCGACAGCUAAUCUGGACCAGAAGGACAGACAGUUUGUAGCGAAGGUGAUGCAAGUGGUGAAUGCGGAUGCCAUCGUGGUGAAGUUGAACUCCGGGGAGUAUAAGACCAUCCAUCUGUCCAGCAUCAGGCCCCCAAGACUCGAAGGCGAGGAGAAAAACAAGGACAAAGAUAAACGUUUCCGUCCGCUAUACGACAUUCCUUACAUGUUUGAGGCACGUGAAUUCCUAAGGAAGAAGCUCAUUGGGAAAAAGGUUAAUGUCACGGUUGAUUACAUCAGAGCCGCCACAACUGCUACGGAAAUGGGUGGGGUCCCUGCCUUCCCAGAGCGUACCUGUGCUACAGUCACCAUUGGAGGAAUAAACAUCGCAGAGGCUCUGGUCAGCAAAGGUCUCGCCACAGUGAUCAGAUAUCGUCAGGACGACGACCAAAGAUCUUCCCAUUACGAUGAGCUUCUUGCGGCGGAGGCGAGGGCGAUCAAGAACGGCAAAGGACUUCACAGUAAGAAAGAGGUGCCCAUUCACAGGGUGGCUGACAUUUCAGGGGAGACACAGAAAGCCAAACAGUUCCUGCCAUUCCUCCAGAGAGCGGGCCGCUCGGAGGCCGUGGUGGAGUAUGUGUUCAGUGGCUCUAGGCUUAAGCUCUACAUGCCCAAAGAGACGUGUCUCAUCACCUUCCUCCUUGCCGGUAUUGAGUGUCCCAGAGGGUCUCGAAAUAUGCCGGGUGGGAUGCAGGUUGCAGAACCUUACAGCGAAGAAGCCACACUGUUUACCAAAGAGCUGGUUCUUCAGAGAGAGGUAAGCUUGCCCUUUUCUCCGCUCUCGUCUGUUAAAGUCUGAUACUGUCGCUUUAUU